UCAAACGAUGGAAACUCAAGUGUUUGAAACAAACACAAAGUCCAGAUUUAAACGAAUUUGUGUGUUCUGUGGUAGCAGCCCUGGCAAGAACCCGAGCUAUCAACUCGGCGCUCUUCAACUAGCUCAACAACUGGUGGAAAGAAACAUUGACUUGGUUUAUGGAGGAGGCAGCAUUGGCCUGAUGGGUUUAGUCUCCCAAGCUGUGCAUGAUGGCGGUUGCCACGUGUUAGGUGUGAUUCCAAGGACGCUGAUGUUAAGAGAGCUGACCGGAGAAACUGUGGGAGAAGUGAGGCCUGUGUCGGGCAUGCACCAACGAAAAGCAGAGAUGGCUAAACAAGCGGACGCGUUCAUUGCCCUGCCAGGUGGGUAUGGCACUUUAGAGGAGCUUCUGGAGGUCAUAACUUGGGCUCAACUUGGAAUCCACCACAAACCCGUGGGGCUGUUGAACGUGGACGGCUAUUACAAUGCGCUUCUUUCGUUCAUUGACAAAGCCGUGGCAGAAGGUUUUAUCACACCAGCUGCCCGUAACAUUAUUGUUUCCGCUCAGACUGCCCACGAACUCAUGUGCAAGCUUGAGGAUUACAAACCAAAGCACUGCGGAGUUGCCGGCUGGGUAUGAUCGGUAGAUGGACGAACAAAUGGGUUUCAUACAAAAUCAGAUAUUGCCCGCUGACUUAGUCUCAUUUAUUUCGACACU